AUGAAAAUUGGACAAACACGCCAGACAGAGAGAGAUAUACAGGACAACAUUGAAUAUAGAUAUCUUAAAGUUGAAAUUGAAAAGCUUCAAGAACAAACAAGAGAACUUCGCCAGGAGCUUGAAAAUCAAGGCUUGACCAGUUAUAAAGAAAAGCUAGCUUUCUUACAAGAUGAGCAGAAUAGAAUGACAUCUGAAUUUUCAAGUAUAACGGGUAAUAUGGAGCAGUUAAAGGUUUCAAUUAAUUUUGAUAAAGAUGAUCUUAAAACGCAAUAUAAAAAUAUUGAAGGAAGAUUCAAAGAGCAAUGGGCUAUAAAACAUGGUGAUCAAGAGGCAAUAACUGAAAUUGAUCGGCUAAUAAAUGAAUUAGAAAACACGUUAAUGAAUUACCAUACGCGAAAAAUGCAGGAGAUAAACGCUAAGAUCUAUGAGUUAUGGGAUAAGGCAUAUAACGGAGACGAUAUCGAAAGUAUCGAGAUUCGUUCUGAACAGGAAAGUACACAAAAUAAUAGAUCGUACAAUUAUAGAGUUGUUAUGAAGAAAAAUGGAAAGGUUCUUGAUAUGCGUGGGAGAUGUAGUGCUGGCCAAAGGAUGUUAGCAUCAAUUAUUAUUCGAAUGGCGUUAGCAGAAUGCUUUAGCAAGGGUUUUGGAAUGUUUGUUCUUGACGAGCCAACGACCAAUUUGGAUGAAAAUCAUAUUAAUAAUUUGUCCGAGAGCUUAAGAAGGUGA